AUGCCUUCAAGAUUCAUUCCACCAUCAGCACCGCAAGUGCAGGACUUCGACUGCAAAAACGUCGACCCUUCCACCAUCGUACAAGCACUGAUCACCACCGGCGGCGUCCUACUACGAAACUUCAUACCCAACAAAAAGAUCCUCUCAGAAAUCGAGAAAGACGUACGUCCCCACAUCAACGCCGACACGCCAUGGAAAGGCGACUUCUUCCCACCAGAAACACGACGAGUGUACGGCCUCGCAGGGAAAUCCUCAACCUUCAUGCAUCACAUCGUGGCGAAUUCGAUCUAUCAAAGCGUCUGCGAUAAGCUUCUCAGCUCGACUCACAGGUGUUAUAUUGGCGAUAAGAUUGAGGAAUCGCUUUCUCCGCCGCAACUCUGCAACACGCUUGUGCUUUCCAUUGGGCCCGGGGCUCGAGAUCAAGAGCUGCAUCGAGAUGAUAUGAUUCAUCACAAUGCUUUGCCGGAGAUUUCUGCUGAGGAUUACGCCAUCGGCCGCGAUACGGGUAUUGGACUGUUCGUCGCCGGUAAGCCAGUCACAAGAGCCAAUGGAGCUACGAGAUUCAUUCCCGGAAGUCAUCUCUGGGACACCAUGCGGCCAUCUUCUGGAGACGAGUCGGCCGUGUACGCCGAGAUGGAGCCCGGCGAUGCUUUCAUCAUGCUGAGCAGCUGCUACCAUGGUGGUAGUGCCAACAACACGUCCAACGAAGAGAGGCUGCUGUAUAGCUGCUUCAUGACCAAAGGGUACUUGCGACAGGAAGAAAACCAAUACCUGGCUGUUCCACAGGAGGCAGUCAAGAACUUUCCCCUUGGAAUGCAGAGACUUAUUGGGUACAAUGUCAGCAAGCCGUUUCUGGGAUGGGUGGAUCUCGACGAUCCGAGGAAGGCAUUGUAUGGGAGCGAGUGGAAGGGAUCGAACGGUGCGGACUUGCUUUGA